AUGCCGGUCUAUCCAUCUGUCGAGCCCAGCAAUUCGGAUUUCCCACAGCAACCUUCGCUGGAAUCUCUUGCUCAAGAUGAACUCCGUGGAGGACUUGCACCGUGGCUGACGACGGCGAUCAACGAUCCCACCGCCCUCUCCCGCGGUGCCGGCGAUCUAGCAUCCUCCGCCUCACCCCUCGUCUUCGGAGGUGGCGUAUUCGGCCAAGAUAUGUACAACACCUCGGAAACACUCGCUUCCGAUCUACCCAUCCGAACCGUCCGUCUUGCCCUGCGAUAUGGCAUCAACGCCUUCGAUACUUCUCCCUACUAUUUCCCCUCGGAAUUCACGCUUGGGAACAUCCUACGACGAUUGCAACCCGAGUUUCCUCGGGAGUCGUACUUCAUCAUCACCAAAUGUGGAAGGUAUGGUCCGGAGAAGAAGCAUUUCAACUACAGCGCCGAGAAGAUCGACGGGAGUGUAAGGGGAAGUUGCAGGAGGUUGGGGACCGAGUUUUUGGAUGUGGCGUUGACGCACGAUGCGGAGUUUGUGUGUGAGAGGGUGGGAGCAAGUCAUGAUGCGGGGUGGGAGAGUGGGGUCGUUUCCGGAAUGGUGGAAGCGGGGGAAGUGGGGUUGGGGGAGAGACAGGAGGUGAUCAGGUCGUUGGGGUUGGAGGAGACUCUCGAAGCUGCAAGCAGGGUGCAUGGGAAAGGCGACGAGCAGUUCCUGGAGGCAAUCAGGACGUUGUUCAAGCUGAAGGACGAAGGUGUCAUUCGGAGAGUGGGGAUCUCGGGCUAUCCGUUGCCCGUGCUGCUGAGGCUGUCGAGGUUGGUAGCCACCACAGCGCCGUAUCGACCGUUGGACGUGGUGUUGAGUUACUCGAACCACUGUCUGCACUCGGACGUUUUGCAAGGCUGGAAAGCCCUCUUCGCUGCUGACCCGCGUGGUCGCGAAGGAGAACAAUCGCUGAAGGAGCUCACUUGGAAAGCACCGCUUCUCAUGAACGGCUCGCCGUUCUCCAUGGGACUUCUCACCGACGGCACUCCUCCCUCCUGGCACCCAGCAAGCGACGCCCUCAAAGCAGCGACAAAGGAAGCAAGCCGAACACUCGUCGCUCAGGGAGACUCUCUCACUCUAACUUCGCUCAGCUAUGGUCUUCGCGGCUCCGAGUUGGUCCAUCCCAGUGGCGAAGGUCCUGAGAUGAGGACGCUCGUCGGUCUCAGUCACCCAGAUCACGUGCACAGCGCCGUCGAGGCGUACCGCGUUCUCUCCGCCGGUGCAACGGAUGCUGGAAAGGCGCUCCACCCUUGCAAGCGAGAGGAGAAGGAGAAGAAGCUUGCAGAGUAUAGGAAGCAGACGGACAACGAAAAGCUGGUGCGCGAGCUGUUCGCCGAACGUGGUGUGCGGGAAUGGAGUUGGGCUAGCGGUCUCUGA